AUGAACAAGUUCGUGGUAAACGGACCCCAAGACACUUCGGGAAUCCCACAUAAACCCAUCGGAAAACUACUCAUUGAUGCUUUUAGUACUUUCGACAAAAACGCCAUCGCUGUGGUAAGAAAUCUCACGCCCCAUUUUGAAUUUUCUACAAUGAAUUUAGCAACGAGUCUUCGACUUUUGGGAGUAUCGAAAGGUGAUAUAGUUGGACUGGUGGCUGAAAACUCUACAGAGUUCAUGAUUGCUUAUCUGGCAAGUUUAUUUAUCGCGGUACCCGUACAUCUGAUCAACUCUAAGUUCACACCAUACGAAUUAGGAAAUAUUUUGAGUUUAUCGCAACCGUGUUUGUUAAUUUGUACGAAAAAAACCCACCACAAUGUUAGAGAAGUCGCAAAAGAUUUAGACUACAUUAAAACGCUAAUUUGUUUGGACGUGGAAAAAAUGUUGUCUGCGUGCUCACACGAAAGUGGCUUUCAAGUCGAAGAUAAUUUUGACACAGAAGAACACAUUGCAGUGAUUUGCAACUCGUCGGGAACCACCGGUUUCCCAAAAUGCGUCAUGAUUAACCACGAGAUGUUGCGAUUACACUUUACUAAUGGAAGGAGCCCAGAUAUUUUUGACAUGAAAACUGGAGACAGAAAUCUUUUAAUAAUGCCCUUCUUCCAUAUUUACGGCAUGUGUGCCCUCAAUGCCGCUUUAUAUACCGGAACAACCAUAAUACCACUUGACGCUUUCCAACCGGACCUUUUUCUGAAAACAAUUCAAAACUAUAAAGUAAAGCUUCUGAUUCUGGUGCCGACUUUGGUUAACUUUUUCGUUAACAGUCCACUAGUUGAAAGGUACGAUCUGUCGAGUCUUAAAUCUGUUAUAUGUGGAGGAAAUUGUCUGUCUGAAGAAGAUGCGCGACUGUUUCAAAAUAGGUUGAAUUUGCAAAGACUGCAACACGGUUACGGAAUGACGGAAGCAGGUAUAGUUUUAUGCAGUCCUUUCAAGACCAACAGCUGUGGCAAACUUCUUUGCGGUUAUCAAAUGAAAGUCGUUGAUCUGGAAAAAGGACACGCUCUUCCACCUUUUCAAAACGGAGAAAUUUGCAUCAAAGGCCAAAUUAUGAAAAGAUAUUUCAAAAAUGCUGAAAAAACCAAAGAAAUAAUCGACUCGGAAGGCUUUCUUCAUAGCGGAGACGUUGGCUAUUAUGACGACGAUGGGUGCUUUUAUAUAAGUGGAAGGAUUAAAGAACUUAUUAAAUACAAAACUUGGCAGGUACCUCCAGCCGAACUGGAGCAAAUUUUAGUUAAAUUCGAAGGGAUUAAGGACGUCGCUGUUAUCGGUAAAGCUGAUCCACGCUUCGGGGAAUUACCAACUGCGGUUGUUGUGAAGGAAGAAGGUGCCGAAGUUACAGAAAAAGAAAUUUGUGAAUACUUGGCAGGGUUUGUUAGUGACGAGAAACGUUUACAUGGAGGGGUUCGAUUUGUUGAAAAUAUCCCCAGAACUUAUUUGGGAAAAAUUAAGCGUCAAGAAUUGAUGAAACAAUUAUUUAAUGAAUAG